AUGGCUACCUCUCUGAUUACAAGGAAGCUUCGUUCGGCAGAAGCUAAGAACGAUGCCGAACCGGGAUGGUUAAAGCGCCAGGUCACUGGCGUUUUACAAUCCAUCUCUAGCCAAGCUUGUCAGCACCCUAUACACACCAUUGUGGUUAUUGCAUUGCUCGCCAGUACGACCUACGUCGGUCUCCUUGAAGGGAGUUUGUUCGACAGCGUCAGGAACCCCAGGAAUAUUGCCGGUCAAGUGGACGUCGAUACUCUGCUUCAGGGCAGCCGGAAUCUUCGGUUGGGUGAGAGUACAUCUUGGAAAUGGCAGGUCGAGGACGGUUUAGCGAGCCAGGACUACACGGGCGUCAACCAUCUCGCUCUAACAACCUUUAUCUUCUCGGAUUCCCUGUCAAAGUCAUCUUCAAUCGCUCCUGCCGCAACAGAAUUGCCAAUUCCUUCCAAUGCCUCUGCUCAACCAGUGCCAUAUACCCCUAACUUAUUCUCGCCCUUCUCCCACGACUCUUCUCUCGCAUUCACCUUGCCGUUUGAUCAGGUCCCAGAAUUCCUGAAAGCGGUGCAGGAGAUCCCGGAUCCCUCCUCCGAUGAGGACGACGGGGAACAAAAGAAAUGGAUCAUGCGGGCUGCUCGUGGCCCGGCUUAUGGCUCGGGUGGUGCUAUCAAGCUCUGGUUGGCAGAUGCGUGGAGUUCAUUUGUGGAUUUGAUCAAGCACGCGGAAACUAUUGACAUUGUCAUCAUGACUUUGGGAUACCUUUCGAUGCAUCUUAGCUUCGUGUCCCUCUUCUUCUCGAUGCGGCGUCUCGGCUCUAACUUCUGGUUGGCGGCCACUGUCCUCUUCUCGGGCGUUUUUGCGUUUUUGUUCGGUCUUCUGGUCACAACGAAGCUUGGCGUCCCGAUCAAUGUUCUUUUGCUGUCCGAGGGCCUUCCAUUCCUUGUUGUCACUAUCGGUUUCGAGAAGCCGAUCAUUCUCACCAGGGCUGUUCUCACUGCGGCGGCGGACAACAGGCGCAGAGCUGGUCAAGCUUCGUCAAGCACCACGAAGUCCAUUCAAGACUCCAUUCAGACUGCGAUCAAGGAACAAGGUUUUGAGAUUAUCCGCGAUUACUGCAUCGAGAUCGCCAUUCUUAUUGCUGGGGCUGCUUCCGGAGUCCAGGGUGGGUUGCGACAAUUUUGUUUCCUCGCCGCGUGGAUCUUGUUUUUCGACUGUGUUCUGCUCUUCACUUUCUACACCACCAUCCUCUGCAUCAAACUCGAAAUUAACCGGAUCAAGCGCCAUAUUACUCUUCGCAAAGCUCUGGAAGAAGAUGGUAUCACCCAUCGGGUGGCCGAGAAUGUCGCUUCCAGCAAUGACUGGCCUCUGACCGGAUCUGAGAGCAGCAACAAGACUAGCAUCUUCGGGAGGAAGCUCAGAUCUAGCAGUGUUCGCAGAUUCAAGAUUUUGAUGGUAGGGGGUUUUGUCUUGCUCAAUGUGGUGAAUCUAUCGACUAUCCCAUUCCGGGAUUCUAGCCAGGGUGCUGGCCUACCCCUGUUGUCUCGUGUCUCUAAUGUGUUUGCGCCUACGCCCAUUGACCCUUUCAAGGUCGCCGAAAAUGGGCUUGACUCGAUCUACGUCUCUGCAAAGAGUCAGAUGAUGGAGACGGUUGUGACAGUCAUCCCUCCAAUCAAGUACAAACUUGAAUAUCCUUCUGUACACUACGCCGCCUUGGGCGAAAGCCGCACAUUCGAUAUCGAGUACACCGAUCAGUUUCUCGACGCUGUUGGCGGGCGUGUCAUCGAAAGCCUUCUCAAGAGUGUUGAAGAUCCCAUCAUCAGCAAGUGGAUCAUCGCUGCUUUGACGCUGAGUAUUAUCCUGAACGGCUACUUGUUCAAUGCCGCUCGCUGGAGCAUUAAGGAACCCGAAGUGGCUGUGGUGGAAGCAAAGAAGGAAUACCCUAAUAUCGACUUGAACCCCGACAUGCCCAAGAGGAGUCCAGAAGAGUGCGAGGCUCUCUUGAAGGAGAAGCGAGCUGCUUAUCUGAGCGACGAAGAGUUGAUUGAGCUUUCCCUGCGAGGCAAGAUUCCUGGCUAUGCGUUGGAAAAAACCAUGGAAAACGAGGACCUCAUGAGCCGUGUGGAUGCGUUCACUAGAGCUGUCAAGAUCCGUCGUGCUGUUAUUGCUCGAACUCCUGCCACUUCCGCUAUCACGGGCUCUUUGGAAUGCUCGAAGCUCCCAUACAAGGAUUACAACUAUACGCUUGUGCACGGUGCCUGCUGUGAGAAUGUUAUUGGAUAUCUACCUUUGCCUUUGGGAGUGGCUGGUCCUUUGACCAUUGAUGGCCAAAGCUACUUUAUUCCCAUGGCUACCACGGAAGGUGUGCUGGUGGCCAGCACAAGUCGAGGCGCCAAGGCGAUCAACGCAGGUGGUGGCGCGGUCACUGUUCUGACUGGCGACGGCAUGACUCGUGGUCCUUGUGUCGGUUUCCCUACUCUUGCACGCGCGGCGGCUGCUAAGGUCUGGAUUGAUUCGGAAGAGGGCCGAAGUAUUUUGACUGCGGCUUUCAACUCUACCAGUCGGUUCGCCCGCCUUCAGCAUCUUAAGACGGCUCUCGCUGGCACUUAUCUUUACAUCCGGUUCAAGACUACAACAGGUGAUGCCAUGGGGAUGAACAUGAUCUCCAAGGGUGUCGAAAAGGCGCUCCACGUUAUGGCGACUGAGUGCGGCUUUGACGACAUGGCCACCAUUUCCGUUUCUGGUAACUUCUGUACCGACAAAAAGGCUGCUGCUAUCAACUGGAUUGACGGCCGUGGCAAGUCCGUGGUGGCGGAAGCUAUCAUUCCUGGUGAUGUUGUCCGGAGCGUGCUCAAGAGCGACGUUAAUGCCCUGGUCGAGCUCAAUACCAGUAAGAACUUGAUUGGAAGUGCUAUGGCUGGAAGCGUGGGUGGGUUCAACGCUCACGCAUCGAACAUUGUCACUGCUGUCUUCUUGGCAACGGGUCAGGAUCCUGCGCAGAAUGUCGAGAGCAGCAGCUGUAUCACGACCAUGAGAAACUUCAAUGGCAACCUCCAGAUCGCUGUGUCUAUGCCUUCCAUCGAAGUUGGCACAAUCGGCGGUGGCACUAUUCUUGAAGCACAGUCUGCCAUGCUUGAUAUGCUCGGUGUCCGUGGUUCCCACCCCACCAACCCAGGUGACAAUGCUCGGCAACUUGCUCGAAUUGUCGCUGCCGCUGUUCUUGCGGGAGAGCUGAGCCUGUGCUCUGCACUUGCCGCCGGCCACCUUGUCAAAGCGCACAUGGCGCACAACCGCAGUGCUGCCACGACGCGGACAUCCACCCCCGUCUCGGCAGCCGUGAGUGCUGCUCGGGGAUUGACGAUGUCCUCCUCGAAGUGA